CAGAUGGGACCACGUUUGGCACUGCCAGAUCAGAUUCAUAUUCAAGAGCCGAUCGAAGCACCGAAACCAGCAAUGCCAUACUCGGAGCACAGGCAAGACAAGAAAGAAAUGAUGCCUCCUGUGCCCGGACAAGGACCACCAAUGACUGGAUAUUAA